CGACCACCAGAACCAGCCAGCAAUGGCGUCCCAUCAACUCGCCAUCGCCAAGGCAUCCUUCUCCGCCGGCCUGCUGCGUCCCGAUCCGACGUCAGUGCCCCGCGACGAGAUCACGGCGUUCCACACCUCCCUAGACCGGGCGCUGUCGCAUUGCUCCCCGGCAAACAUCCAGACCUGCAAAUCAUGGCUUCUGGAAUACGUUGUCUCGUCGUCUAACCGCGUGGGCGGGUGGGCCAAAUACCUCGCGGCCUUGUCGGGAUCGUUGGAAGCAGCCCCCGCGGCCGGCAGGACAUCGGGCAAGCGGAGACGCCUCCACAUCCUGUAUCUGCUGAAUGAUGUGCUUCAUCAUACGAAAUACCACCUGGAGACGAGCGCCGCGUUCAGCACGCUGAGCGGAUCGCUGCAGCCGCAUGUCGUGGAGCUGUUGGGCUACGCGGCAUCGUACGAUCGCGAGAAGAACCCGAAACACCAUCGGAGGUUGGACCAACUACUGGAUAUUUGGGACAGGAAUGGGUAUUAUGGAAGCGAUUACGUGAAUAAGUUGCGGGAGGUGGUGAAGAACUCGUCCGUGUCGGGACCGGUCAAGACGUCGCUGAGCGUGGAGGAGAGCAAUGUGGACCUUUCGGCGGGCGUGAAACAGCAGUCUUCGGGCAGGGAUGUGCCGUUUGUCAUGCCGGCGACGCAUGGCGAUCCCUCCAUGCCGUAUUAUGACUUGCCGGCGGGGAACCUCGUGCCUCAUAUCAUUCCGGAUUCGACGGUGCCGCUGCGGCCGGAGUCCAUCAAGCCGCUGCAGUUCUUGGCGGGACCGGCGGAUGAGAAUCUCGUCGUGGCGCUGAAGAAGUUCAUGAAAGAUGUCGAUUUGAUCUAUGGGCCAGGGGAGCCGGAACAUCAAGAGGACGAGGUGGUGGACGUGGAUGAUCUGGGCCAGGUGGUGAUUCGCGAUGCGGAUGGGGAGGUGGUCGAUGGAGAUACGUACUACGGAUGGUCCCGGUCGUUUUGCCAGCAGAUGAAGAAGAGGCGUGCGCGAGGGGAGACGAGCCGCAGCCGGAGUCGCAGUCACAGUCACAGUCGCGGCUCUCCUAAGCGCCGACGAUACAGCGACAGCGAGAGCGACUGGAGCUCGCGAUCCCGAAGCCGGUCCCCGCGGAGAUCAGCUCGGCGGGACUCCCGGACGCGGUCCCCAUCGCGGCCACGCAGUGCCUCGCGCGAGCGAUCCAAAUCCUAUUCUCCCCGUCCGCCGGCCCCACGGUCCAUCCCUCCCCCGAUGCCUCCGGCCGAGUAUCAUCCUCCUCCUGCCCACCAUCACCAACAUCAACAUCCCCCAUACGGCAACGCCGCGCCGCCGCCUCCCCCUCCGGUAGGAUACCAUCCACCGCCACCCCCACCGAUGGCAUUUCCUCCAGCUGGUCCCGGCGGUGCUGGUGCUGGUGCUCCACACUACCCUCUUCCUCCGGGAGCCGUACCAAAUCCUCCGCCUCCACCACCAAACUACCAGGGACCAUGGCCACCACCGCCGCCUCCCCCGAUGCAGAACUACGGACCACCACCGGCCGCACAUCAUGCGCCGCACUUCCCACCCCCAUAUGGACAACAGGGGGGGCAGUACGCGCAGCAAAUGCCACCGGGGUCGUAUCACUUUCCGCCGCCGCAUUCGGGGGGAGGAGGGGGAAGAGGAUGGGGAUAUGGGAAUGGACGUGGGUGGCGGUAAUACCUUAGGGUUGAGUUCGAAGUAAAGAAAGACCGAGACCGAGUACGGAGUAUACUCUAGAACGAUAUCGAUAUCCGAGUUCAACUCACAUAUUAAUGCAAUACAUGACAUUCAACCUCCCCUUCACCAUUUAACCCUAAUCCAAUACCCUGCGCAUUCCCAGUAACGAACACACCCAAUCCCCAACCCUAUACCUUAUGUCUCACAAUAAAGAUAAUCACCUCCACCGUCUCUCCAAAACCCCAGAACUCGCACUCGCACUCGCCGACGCAGCAGUCGAACCCGAACCCGAAGCAACACCAACAGGAGUAGCCGCCGCCACCGCAGCCGCGGAAAAACUACUCGCGGCAUCCAUCAUGGCCGCUUCCCGUGCCAUACUCUCAUCAAUGGCCUGCUGUUUAUUUUUCAUCGCGAUGUCCCAGGAUUCGCAGGAUGAGGUCACUGCUUGUGAGGAUUGCGUGGUGGGUUGGUCUGUGUC